AAAGGAAAUAAAAUAUAAAAGAAAAAAAAACCUUUCUUUCUUUCUCUAUACCCUUUGGUAUCAACAACAGAAGAACUUCACAUUGAGAAUCAAUUCGAUCGCUCGUUCGCUGGGUUUGUCAACACAUUUGAUUCUUCUAAUAUCCAUCUUUGGCUUUUUAAAAAUUAAUUUUAAACUGUUUUUCUGGGCCAAUUUUUGAUAAACAACUAGGAAUAUACCUAGAUGAUCAAGAAGUUCAAUGGUAGUUAUUGAUUUUGAAGGUUGGAUAGGUAACUCUGCAAUUACUUUCUGGGUUUUUCUGGGUUCUGUGAGUAAUUUAAUGGGUCGAAGUUGGAUUUUUGAAUUGUGAGUGAUAUGUUGGAUUUUAGGAUAUGUGGUAAAAGGGGGCUAGGGUUAGGGUUUUGUGUUAAAAGGUUGGGAAUUUGGGGUUAGGUUCUAUUUAUGAGUUGGGGAAAUAGUAGGGUUCAGAUGAUGGAAGAACAUGACCUUGAGGAAGGGGAAGCAUGUUAUUAUUACAACAAGGAUGAUGAUGAUACAAGCAUUGACCCUGACAUAGCACUCUCUUACAUUGAUGAGAAGCUUCAAAGUGUCUUGGGUCAUUUUCAGAAAGAUUUUGAAGGAGGUGUUUCUGCUGAGAAUUUGGGGGCAAAAUUUGGUGGUUAUGGUUCGUUUUUACCAACUUAUCAACGCUCCCCUUCAAUUCUACCUCAGCCAAGAACUCCACAGAUAUCUCAAAAUCAAGGCACAUCAAGAUCCCCCAGCCAUUUGGCCUCUGAGGGACCUCCUCAGAACUCAACGUCUGUGUCUGAUCCUCCUUCAACUCAGAAGAAUGGUACAGCUGCUUCUCGCGGUGGUCAUACUUUGCAUGAUUCAAGGGUCCCUCGUGGGGAUGAUUCCACAAGACAAGAUUCAUGCUUGUCUGCUCAAGAAUCUCAUAAGUUCCCUGCAAAACAUGAAGUUUUUAUGAUUAAGUCACUUAAUCCAACUGAUCAUAGACCACUCAAACUUCGGAUUAGAGUAGGUUCUGAUAAGACAGCUCAGAAGAGUACUGCUUUACACACUAGUCUUGGGCUUAUCUCUCCCUCUUCAUCAAUGGAAAAUAGUCCUUCUGAGAGUGGUGAGAUGUUGUCCAAGUUUCAAGAAAUUCCCAGUGAUUCUCCAGCCAGCAUCCUUCAAACUAUGACUUCUUUCCCAGUUCCUGGAAGUGCGCUGCUUUCACCUCUCCAUGAGAAGUUAUUGACUUUGUCAAGAAAUGAAAAACUUUUCUCAGAGAAUGAGCAUGUGGCUGCUGUAAAGGAUACUAACCCUCAAUCUGUCAUGUCUGCCAAUAGUUCAACUUCCAAGCUGGAAGAUGUCUUGAUCAGGAAGAAAAGUAAAUCAGUUGGUAGAAGUGAAUAUGUCGAGGAGCUGAAUUCAGAGGUCAGAAAUGACACGAUGCCCUUGUUUCAGAAAAAAAGGGGAAUUGAGAGCUUGAAAAACAGGCAUUGCUUCUCAAAUGAUCUUAAUCAGAAAGUCGUGCCUGAUUUAGUUUGCGAUACUCGUGAAUUAGUGAAAGGUUCUGGUGGUGCACCUGAAGCUAUAAAAGACUCAGAGAAGGAAGUUCCUAUGAAGAAAAGGGAGAUCAAUAGACUUAAAGAUCAAUUGUUUGGUAGUGAUUUGGAUAAGGAUGACUCGUUGGAAUCUUUAUCUGACCUAAGUGGUGACAAAUAUGAUCGCCAGGAAGUAAGAAGUAGAUCAGUGGAACUCCAGUUAGAAAGCUUUCAGAAAAAUGCUUCUUUUGAUAGCAAGGAAGGUGGCAGGAGCAAAUGCAGCAGAUCAGUUCCUUCAUUUAGAGUGGAUUCUGAUAUAUCUGAGAGUGAGAGGGAUUCCAGUGGGGCUGUCUCUCUGAGAAAGAAAGCUGUUAUGAAAGCUGCAAGCCAUAAACUUGACCAACCACGGAUACCUCACACAGAGAAGCAAUUAUCUGAAGGCAAAAAGAAAUUAACAGAACAUCAACCAGGUUUGAAGCCAGCUGCAGAUGUGGCAGAGGUAAGAGGUGUUUCUACUACCCUCAAGAACAAGAAGAGUUCUAUGAAGGAUGUACGGGUGGCUCAUGUAUUUGAUGCACAGUUGGAAAAACCCACAAAUCGGAUGGCUAGACCUCCCGGUGAUAAGUUGAAGAAAUCUAAACUGGAGGCACUCAAAGGACAACAUUCAUCUUCUUCUAAAUCAAAACAGGUCCCAAGCAAAAAAGCUGAUAGUCAUGUGGCAUGUGCGACCCCUAUGAAGGAUCCUUCCGCCAUGGGCAUACAGGGUGCGAAGGAGCUGACGUCUGGACCUGAGCCACCAGUUGCUCCUGUCGUUAUCGAAGAAGAUUGGGUUGCCUGUGAUAAAUGUGAGAAGUGGCGUCUUCUUCCAUAUGGUACAAAACCCGAGCAACUGCCUGAGAGGUGGAUGUGCAGUAUGUUAUACUGGCUGCCUGGAAUGAACCGUUGCGACAUUAGUGAGGAGGAGACGACAAGAGCUCUGCAUGCCUUGUACCAAAUGCCCCUUCCUGAUAACCUAAAUACCCUUCAAAAUCAUGCUGGUAGAAGUGUGUCUGGAGUAAUUUCAGCUGAUAUGCAUGGGCUCGGUGGUAACAGUCAGAAUGUGGGUUUUGAUUACAUGGCUAAUGGAGGAAAGAAGAAACCUAAAUUAAGAGAAACACCAAACACAAGCAGCAAUCAUGGUCCAAUGUUGACCACAAACUCAAACUUGCAGCAAGAGCUGGUCAAAAGCAGAAGUUUGAAGAAUGUGAACCAGCCUGUUGCUGAAUCAAAUUCAAUUAGCAAAUCCAAUGGACAAAUCCUAGUUAAGUCGUCUGAUGUCCUUGGCAAACAUCUGAACAAACAGAAGGAGCGUAUGGCUAAUGGUGAUGAAAAUCCAAAGAAGAAAUCCAAAAGGGAGUCCGAUCAAUAUGAUCACAGGGAUCUGAAAAACUUAAAAUUCAAAAGUGACCAAGCUUUUGUGGCAACUAGGGAAAUUGUGACGGGUACCCAGGACUACCAGGAAUGUGGUAAUUUGAAGGAGACAAAGCCUGGGCUGACAGAAAGGUUACGAAUAUUGGAAAAGAAGCAUGGCAACCGAGUCCAGGAUUCAAGGGAUAGUGACUCGAGUGACGUAAAAACUAAAAUUGGAAGAGAAAUUUCUGUAAAGAAAAGAAAAUUGAGGGAUCAAGACUACUUAAUGAAUUCACAAAGUAAUGGUAAUCUCUUAGGUGACAGUGAUGGCAAUGCAAUUGUGGGCGAGGUUAGAGGUGAGAGUGGUUUCAGAAAACAGACGAAACCCAAGGUGUUUCAUUCUGAAAACAAGGAGCCCAGUACAAGCAAGGGUGAAGAGAAAUCAUCAAGAGCAAGAGGUGCAACAAGAAUUGUUCUACCAGGGACCAGGGAUUUUCCUAUAGAUAGAAGUGUAGAGAGAGAACAUCAGACAAAGAAGUAUCGAGUGAAGGUUCAGUCCAGGUUGACGAUGGAAGAUAUUGAUUCCUUGAAAAAGGACUUGGGAUCUGAACAGUUAUCAAUGGCUGCCACUUCAAGCUCGUCAAAAGUUUCUGAUUCCCGGAAACAUAGAGCGAAUCACCAAGUGAAAGGCUCUCCUGUAGGGUCAGUUUCCUCAUCUCCCAUGAGGAUGUUUGUUACGAGCAAGGCUUCACCUGCAAGAAUGGAGAGUUCAGGGAAAGAUGAUGCUAAAUUGGAUGACGUUGAAAGUCCAAGGAAAUAUUUGGAUAGGGAUGGCGAUUUUGAGAGUGAUAAAUCUAGGAUCUUGAUGAAGGGGAAAAGACCAGGUGUUCCUCAUCCGGAGGUUUAUGAAAAUUCUGUGCUAGAUUUUUGGGGAAGGGAAAAAAUUGAAUCAUGUGUUAUACAUUCUUCUGAGUUCGGAAAUAGCCAUACGGGUAAUAAUAAUGUUGAUGUUCUGGAGCAAUGUAGCCCCUACAUGACUGAAAAGCAUGCUGCAUAUUGCUCUGAUGGCAAGGGUAGAAUGAGCAAGAAACAUGUUUCUGUGCGUAACGAACAUAAAUCUGCCAAAGAUCCUCCUUUGCAAUUUAAGGAGAAAGACUGGAAUGCUGGUUUUAAUAUUCCAAGGGUAGAAGAGGACAUACCUGAUCAGCUGGGCAGCAAGGAGGUCCUGAAUUCAAAGAUUGACCAAAAUAAUCUUGACUCUGGUACUAAAUCUUUCAAAAACAAUCAGAAAGUAAGCAAGAAAGAUCCCACACAUUGUAGUGACAACAGGAGAGAGCACCGAUUGAAGCAUGAUGGUGUUGGGUCAACUACAAAGUUGAAUAGUGUAUGCGACUUGGAAGGAAAAGUUCUUACAAAACAGAAACCUCAUCAGGAAAUUGAUGCUCGAAUUGCAACGAAUGGUAGAUCAACUCAGACAGAAUCCAGGGACCUAAGGUCACAAGUUGGUGCACAUGCUGAAGAUAAAUUAGGCACAUCAGUUAUUAAGAGCAAACCUGCUUCAGGUUCACAGAAAGGAAGUUUUAAAGAUGUAGGAAUGGCUAAUACUUCUGUAAGUGCCAGAGUCUCAACUAUGCUAAAAGAUCCUGGCAUUGGUGUGUGUCAAAAUGCGAGUCACAACAGCAUGGGCCGUUUGGAGCCUGAUCAUUGUGCGGUGCAGGAACCCAAUGCUUCAACCCCCUUAAAAAGAGAGUCCUCCAGUCAGACUGCUUCUAUUGUCUUGACGAAAGCUGAAGAACUUAGAGGUGUUGCUGAUCGUCUUAAGAACUCUGGAUUUCAUGCUGAAUACAAUCAUGGUUAUUUCCAAGCGGCAUUAGAGUAUCUUCAGGGUGCUUCACUUUUAGAAAGCUCAAAUGGGGAAAGUAGCAAAUCCGGGGAGAUUAAUCAAAUACAAAUCUAUAGUAUCGCAGCCAAACUUUGCGAAACUUGUGCACUGGAGUACGAGAAGCAUGAUGAAACUGCCACUGCUGCUUUGGCCUAUAAGUGUAUGGAGGUUGCAUACAUGAGGGUGGUAUACUGCAAAAGUAUGAGUUCAAGUAGAAUUUGGCAUGAUCUACCAGCAAAUUUGCAAGUUCCCCCUCCAGGUGAAUCUCCUUCAUCUUCCGCAUCUGAUGUUGAUAACACAAACAAUCAAACAGUGGCAGAGAAGACUGCUUUAUCAAGAUGCAGUGGUUCUCAUACUGGAAAUCAUGUUAUUGCUCCUCGAAACCGUCCUAGUCUUGUUCGUCUGCUUGACUUUACAAAGGAUGUAAAUUCUGCAAUGGAGGCAUCUAGAAAAGCACAAAAUGCUUUUGCAUCUGCUACAAACGUUGAAGAGGCAGACAAUAAAGACGCUUUCUUUUCCGUUAAGCGGGUUAUUGACUUCAGUUUCCAGGAUGUAGAGGAGCUAAUACGUUUGGUGAAUCAAGCUAUCCAGGCAAUUAACCAUAAUGGUUUUGGUGGCAGUAGAGGUUAAAUCAACCAUGUAAUUAAUGUGGUUCUCCAUUUACAAGCAGGCCCUUGGAUAUGGGAAGGAAGUGAGGACCUGCGUUGCAAUUUGGUGAAGAGGCAUGCUGUUAAGUGUGUUAUAUUCCUGUACAUGUGUACAAAGUGGGAUUGAUUUGCUAUUUCAUGAAAUUUUGAGAAUUCAACUUUUUGGUAUAUGAUAAGGGCACAGAUGCUCAACCUUAAAAUUUACAGGUUGGCGACGAGGUGUAUAAAGUUUCUACUCUUCAAGGAUAAGAUUUGGAGUUCACUUGAGAUCCAAUUUUGAAUAUUAGGUUCUUUCGGUUGGGAAUAGAGAAAAAUAGGAGUACGGAUAUUGAGAGCAUUAGGUGACAUAUCUAAGUAGACAUGAGUUCCAAUGUAGUCCCAAUUUUUCAUCUUUUACUAGAGGACUUGGAUCCUUGGGUUGCCAUAUAUAGCUUCAUUUUUCCUAAUGGAACAUAAGGCACAAUUUUGGUGGAGGAAUUUAGUGGAAUUACUAUGUUAUCCGCCAUUAUUUCUUCUUACUCUUUUUUCUUAAUUUUUUUUUAAUCUGGUGAAAAUAUACGAAAAAACUCACUGAAUUUGGCUCACAAAUUUGUUUUAUGUACUUGGCAUAUUGCUAAAGAAUCUGCCAAAAAAAGAGG